AUGGCAGAUUGCAAUGUGAACGUGCGCACACCAAACAACGGCGAGCUCAGUGGUGUGAGUUGCGGUCGUCCUUUCAGACGGCAGUCUCGUCAUUCUCAUUGGCGGUGCGAUCAUGGGGAACACAUGAGAAAACAAGUCAAGGCAGGCUCAGCAAACGGGAGACGAACGCGCGUGGACAAAUUGCAGUGUGAACGUCCGCACACCAAACAACGGCGAGCGAAAGAAAGUUGGCUCAGUGGUGCGAGUUGCGGUCAUCCCUUCGGACGACGGUUUCGUGAUUCUCAUUGGCGCUGCGAUCAUGGGGAACACAUGAGAAAACAAGUCAAGGCAGUCUCAGCAAACGGGAGACGAACGCGCGUGGACAAAUUCGAGGACGACAAUUUCUAUAGUGCUAGUAAUCGUCCGGGUACACCACCACACCAUUUCAAAUUCAAACGCACCAGAUCAAACAGAUUUCAUCGAUUCGGAGAUGUCGUGCUAGAGAAAGGGAGGCAACCUCAGCAACCUCAACAUGUACACUGCAACUUCUCAUCCAUUUUUGUCUACACGGCUACCACUUGCAUCACACGUCUGGCUUACGAAAUUCAACCACAUCAGGUCAAGUUGUAUUCAUGUUCGUGCAAGCAUCAAACACGAAAGGACACCCCUCUCUUCACACUGCACACAAUAAAUAGGCCUACAACGCACACACUCGCGCGCUCGCAAGGAGCAGGAAGUCAACCACUCACCACAAGUCCACGGACAACUAUGGAACACUUAAAACACGUUCCCGCCGUCCAGACUUUCACCAAGGAGCUCUCACAGACGAUAAGUUCCUCUUUUGACUUGCUCCCAUUUCGCAUUGUAUUCAUGUCAUACGUCUGGCAUCUCACCAUUGUCAACUAUACUAAACACUUUUGGUUAGAAAUAUCGUUCAGCUGUAGCACCCUUUUGGUGCCUAGCUUCCAUACCACCACAAAUAAGCAUGAGGGCUGGGAUACUGCCAGGUCGCCCAGGCCUAAACAGGGGAAGUUGAGAGGUCGGGUUCGAACCACGGACCUUACGUCCACUCAGCCCAUUUUGUGCGAAAAGUUUCUUCGUUCGGACCUGGAACCUUUAAUGAACUUUCCGACGCUUUCAACUCUCGUUCAUGACAAGGAGACGGCAAUACGUUUUGCAAAGCCACGGAGUGAUCCGUCAGCGACGUUUAUGCAACAAUGGCCACCAAAUGACACUUUUAAUUGCCAACAGUGUCGGCAAGAAAUUAGUCUUCGAAAGGAAAGUUGGCUAGAACGGUCUAGAAUGGAGUUUAGGACAGUAAUUCUAAACCAUCGAAUCUCUUUGGCACGUCUACCAGAUACAGAAUGA